GCUCCAUUAGAUACUCAAGUCAACUUCGGGAUGCGGCGCAAAGGGGGGCAACGGUGUCCGCCUACCGCGGGCUGGUGUGGGCCGUCUCUUCUGUGCGUGUCUCGCCCGUCGGUUCGUAUAUGGUCACCCGCAGGAAUCAACACACGCAAUCUCACGCGACUUUCGAGGACCGCGUCGAAUCCACGAGAUGCGUGUUUCCGAUUGACACGGGGGUGCUCCAUUUCCUUCCUUUUGCAAGAGAACGCCGCAGUUACAUACGUACGCAGCGUGUAAUGAGGUUGCCACGCUGGUGUUAGUGUCAGGAACAUGGCUAUAUUUAGCGUAUGACGGCUGGCCAUUUCGGAGCAGGAACGACUUGAUAUAGCUCGCUCGCGGCGUCGCCUGUUGUGUGUUUACGGUUUCGGUUCAUGAUAACGGCGCGAAAAUGGAGGAUAUAUUUCAGUGGUGUCGUGAGGGCAAUGCUAUGCAAGUCCGCGUCUGGCUGGAUGACACCGAGCAUGACAUGAACCAGGGAGAUGAUCACGGAUUUAGUCCACUUCACUGGUGUGCUAAAGAAGGCCACUUAAAAUUGGCGGAGUUGUUAGUUGCCAGAGGAGCACGCAUUAACGCCACCAACAGAGGAGAUGAUACACCAUUGCAUCUAGCUUCAGCACAUGGACACAAAGAGAUAGUACAGCUGUUGCUUAGGAAUCGUGCCGACGUAAACGUCACAAAUGAACAUGGAAACACUGCCUUGCACUAUGCUUGUUUCUGGGGAGAUCAGGCGGUUGCGGAGGAAUUGGUCGCAGCGGGUGCUCUCGUAUCUAUCGCCAAUAAAGACGGUGACACCCCUCUUGAUAAAGCCAGAGGUGUCGUGGCCAAGAGAUUACAUGAUUUAGCAGUGGAGUAUGGACAAGAUUUGAAGAAGAUACAGUUCAAAGAUCAGAGUUGGUUAGGCUUGAAGACCAGAAGCCGUGACGCAACUCUCUCGAGAUACAAAGGAAUCAGUAUGGCGGAUCUGUCUCUCCACAUGCAUCUCGCGAGCACACCGAGUGGCGAAACCUGGAGAGGUCGAUGGCAAAACAACGAUAUUGUCGCCAAGAUAUUAAAUAUCCGUGAGUGUACUACGCGCAUCUCCAGGGAUUUCAACGAGGAGUUCCCAAAGUUGAGAAUUUUCUCGCACCCGAACGUUCUGCCAGUUCUCGGUUGCGUGAAUCAGCCCCCGCAGUUGGCGACCGUCUCCCAAUACAUGGCAAGAGGCAGCCUACAUAGACUUCUACAUGGCGGGACGGGUGUUGUUGUGGACACUGCGCGUGCUCUACGAUUAGCUCUUGACGUCGCCAGAGCUAUGGCAUUUCUUCACGGUUUGGAUCGGCAGAAUAGAUGCAGAUUUCAUCUCAACAGUAAGCACAUAAUGAUCGAUGAGGAUCUAACAGCUCGUGUGAAUAUGGCGGAUGCAAAAUUUUCCUUCCAAGAAGUCGGGCGAAUUUAUGAACCGGCAUGGAUGUCGCCGGAAGCUUUGAGCAAACGUCCGGUGGACAUCAAUCACGAGGCGAGCGACAUGUGGAGUUUCGCUGUUCUUUUGUGGGAGUUGGCGACCAGAGAAGUACCAUUUGCGGAUCUAUCGCCUAUGGAAUGUGGCAUGAAGAUCGCCUUGGAAGAUUUACGCGUAAGCAUUCCGCCGGGCAUCUCUCCGCAUCUCGCAAAGCUUAUUCGAAUUUGUAUGAAUGAAGAUCCGGGCAAGCGACCGUCCUUCGAUAUGGUUGUGCCGAUCCUUGACAAGAUGAAACGCUAAAAUAUAUUUGAUAAAAAUUAACACGAUCAAAAGAAAUAAUGGAGUACAUCCAAAUUUAAUA